AUGGUUGCGAGAUUAGACCCAGACCCGGCUAGCGCAGUUGUGAAACGCAUGGGGAUGAAAUGGACGGAAAAGCAGAAGAGGAAGUAUUGGAACAGCUUGAAAUUGGUGGAACUGAAACGGUUCGCUGAGCCCUACCCGACAAAUGACUACUUCAUGGCAACAACACAGAAAGGAAAAGAACAAUGGGAUAAAUUUUGGGAAGGAAAAGGCUUGAAAGAUAAGCGAUAUAACGGGGGCGAACGACGACAAAUCCUUGUCCUUGAUGAGUCCAGGCUUCAGUAUAAGAUUCCGCAGGAUGAGAGUGUUGUCUUCCUUGACGCCGACACUAAAGAGAUAUUUAUGGUCAUUCUUCGCAAUUUCUUCCCCGACGACGAUUUGCGGAUGGACUUUGUGAGUAUUUGUCGGGAGAUUAUCAAGUAUCGCCGCGACGAUCGACGGGAGGAUCCCGGGCAACUGGUUCACUUUGGCUAUACAUGCGGGUCUCGACAUCAGCCAGGCAUGCAGCUUGCCAAGAAUUGCAGGAAGAUUUCUCCAAAGAACCACCGUGCUCUUAAUAACGCUUCUCAAGGGAUGGCUGGAAUUGGCUGGAAUAUGCUCCGAGGGCGUCUGCCACAAGAGAUCAUUGACGACUAUAACGACACGAUAGAGGCUAUUGGCUGUGCGCGGAUGGACAUGGGGAAAACUGGCGACGAUACAUUUGCUUACAAUAUCGGUGGUGAGCUCGUGACCUUCAAUGAACAUGGCGACCUACAAUUACCGCCACCAUCAGGACUUUCGGCCGUCAACUAUGCCCGGUUCACACACAAAGAAAACAAUGGCAACAAAUGGUUUGUUGCCGUUACCUGCAUCGCAGCCUCUGAUUCGAGUAUAGGCGGCAACUUUUACAAUGCAUCUUACGGGAUCAUGAUGGAGGCUGCGGAUAACACGGUGUCGGCUUUCCAACCAAGUGAUUACCACGGUACGACUUUGUACGAAAUCGUACUUGACCCUUGGCCAAGAGAUGGUUACGAGCAGCGGCCGGAUGGAGGUGAAAAUAUUGGUUUCUCUUUCGAAGUUUCCAAAGGCCUUAGAAAUGCGAGAAAGAGGGAGUGGGGGCGGCAAGAGUAUAGGAAGCGACAUAGGCCUCAGAGGGGAGGCCCUAGGAAGCGCCGCAGUCUCUACGUCAGUGAUGUAGAGCCAGAUCAUGGUAGCGAUGACGACUACAUGCCAUGA